AUGAAUGCAUUAGUUGCCCAAUAUGCUCCGGCCACGGUGAGGAUAUCGGGACCACCCAACAGCAGCUUUCUGGUGGGCUACCCCGGUAUCUCUGCCACGUUGCCAAGAAUAGUAGGGAAAGUCGAGAUCCGACCAAGCGCCGGCUUUUCCGCACCCGUCAGCGUAUCCAUGGUGCGCAUCUGCCUCCAGCGACGAGAAACCAUACACCCUGCUGCCGAGAGCAUGGCGAAACGACAUCUCGGCACACCGCGACGCGAAACCGUGGACCUGGUGGGCAAAGAGGUGCUGCUAUUCCGGUGUGUGUCGGGGAAAGAGGCGGAGAGCGUAAUAGCAAUGGACCUGCCGUUCCAGAUAUUUAUACCCUAUGGCCGGGGAGGAGAAGAAAUAAAUCGUCGAAUUCCGCCUGCGAGCUUGCAACUGCCCAGCCGAAUCGCCGAAACAUACUACGAGCUCGUGGUUACUGUCCAACAAGGCCAAAGCACACAAAACAGAUACACCUUCCCCAUACCAAUACAGCGAUACGAUACCCUUUCGACUUUUGGAAUGUACAACCGGCCCGAAAGCAAGGUUGUCACGGCGGAUAGCAUCGUGACCUUGGGCAUCUCACUACCAAAAUGGAGCUAUGGGCCAUUAGAUCCAAUAACAGUCUUUAUCAAGCUGGCCCCAAAUCCGGACAUGAUGAACAAGGCAAAAAAGGUUACGAUAAAUAAGAUAACAUUGGCCAUCGAGGAGGAAAUCACAUUCAACCCCGAGGGCGACGAACCAACCAAGAAAGUCAACAAGAUCGCAAAGCACACACAACCAGUAGGGGUCAAGUUGACCGAGACAGGCUAUGUCACAAACUUGGGGCUUGUCUUUCCGGCGCGAGAUCUACGAGACCCCGACGGCAUUGUCAAGCGCGGAAAACCCGGGUUUCCCAUGUACGAAGUUACGAGCUUUACAACGUCAUCAACAUUGUACAAGAUUGAGUUCUUUUUGAGUAUCAAAGCACACAUGAACUCUGCAAGGGACAUUACUCUACGACAACCGAUCGUUAUUUGCCCAAUGGACCAGCAAGCGUGUAGGGACGAAAUGGACGCGAUUGAGCAAGCAGCAAAGGAUGCAUCCAAGGUCGACCCAAACAAUCCGAUGCUCCCGGACCGAGUCAUUGUCCGAUCCAACGAGCGAGAUGCAAUACGGCAUCUCGGGCUUUGCGAGGUGGGAGGAGUGAAGAAGAUGCUGAUCGAGUGAAUGGAACCCGAUAACCGGCAACUGGGCAUGUUGUCGGUGCGAUAACGCCGUCCACGGAAUUUGGGGUCAGAGUAGAACACCCCGUCCAUCGAGAAGAGAGGAGGCCGCCCGACAAACACCGGGAAAUUUGGGGUCGAACAGCCAACGUGGCGUU